AUGGCACCCAUUGGCAAAAUCUGGUCAUAUCCAAACAAUCCACGAGUUGCUAAAGUGUUGAUUGCUGCUAAAUACAAUGGUUUGGAAGUAGAACAAGCCAAUGUCGAGAUGGGCGUCACGAACAAGAGUGCUGAUUUCUUGUCAAAAUUCCCAUUGGGCAAGGUCCCUGCUUUCGAAACUCCUGAUGGUUUCACUCUGUACGAGAGCAAUGCCAUCGCCUACUAUGUCGCUGCAUCGAAUGUAAACACCACUCUACUUGGCAAGGACAAGCACGAAGCUGCCCGUAUCCAGCAAUUCAUUGGUGUUGCCGACAACGAGCUCGCUCCUGCUCAAGCGACAUGGAUCUUCCCCAUAUUGGGCUGGAUUCCCGCUCAUGAAGGAAACACCAAAAAGGCCAUCGAUGAUACCAAACGUGUCAUGGCUGCUUUGAAUGGCCACCUCAAGAAAAACACUUACUUGGUCGGUGAGUCAAUCACUUUGGCUGACAUUACCAUGGUCACUGCCUUAUUGAGCUUCUACCGUAUGGUAUUCGACCCUUCAUUCCGAAGCGAAUACAAGAGUGUUACUCGUUGGUUUGUGACGUGUGUCCACCAACCUCACUUCAAGUCAGUCCUUGGUGAAGUUGCUUUGGCUGAACACGUUGCCACCGCUGACAAGGCACCAAAAGCUGCUGCAGCUGCUACUCCUGCCAAAAAGGAAGAAAAGAAGAAGGAAGAACCAAAACCAAAAGAAGAGAAGCCAAAAAAGAAAAAGGAUGAUGACGAAGAAGAAGAUGAUAUGGCUGCUUACAAGGAUGAAGCUCCAAAGGGCAAGAACCCUCUUGACCUACUACCUCCAUCAACCAUGGUCAUGGACAACUGGAAGAGAAUGUACUCCAACAAUGAAACUAGACCAACCGCAGUCAACUGGUUCUGGGAGAACUUUGAUGCUCAAGGCUACUCAUUGUGGAGGGUUGUCUACAAGUACAACAAUGAAUUGACCAUGACCUUUAUGUCUGCCAACUUGAUUGGUGGUUUCUUCCAAAGACUGGAGCAAGCCCGAAAAUACGCAUUUGGCUCAUUGGUCAUUCUUGGAGAAGACAACAAGAACGAAAUUCGAGGAUUCUUUGUUCUUCGUGGUCAAGAAGUACCACCAGAAGUCUCUGAAGCAGCUGACUACGAGUCUUAUGAAUGGACCAAAGUCGACCCCAAUGAUACCACCAUCCGUGAGCAAUAUAACGCUUACAUUGCUUGGGAUCCAGUCAUUGAAGGCAAAAAGUUUGCUGAUGGCAAGAUCUUCAAGUAA